AUUCAUUCCCUCCGAUUCGUCAGGGUCCAAUUCACUGAGAAACUACCAAGUCAACCGAGUGAAGAAAUUAGAAGCUUUCCCCAAAUCUUCCUUCGCCACAGACAAAACGUGAAUAAGAAAUAUCCGUACAGUUGAGGCUGAAGGAAACAACAAUUUUGAAGAUGGAUGAAGAUCAAGGUAACGACGGGUUUCUAGACAUGGGAAAAGCUGAUAAAUCGGUAUGGUUAAUGAAGUGCCCCGUCGUGGUGGCCAAGUCAUGGAAGAACCAAGCAUCUUCUUCUUCUUCUGAUUCUCAGCCUGUCGCCAAGGUCGUCUUCUCUCUCGACCCUCUCAAACCCGAUGAGCGUCAGUUUACUAUGGAGAUGAUUGGAUCGGAGACCGAAAGAAUACCGAAAAGCUACACUCUGAACAUGUUCAAAGACUUUGUUCCUAUGUGUGUCUUCUCUGAAACAAGUCAAGGAGCGGUUGCUAUGGAAGGAAAUGUUGAGCAUAAAUUUGACAUGAAGCCACAUGAAGAAAACAUUGAGGAAUAUGGGAGAUUGUGUCGAGAAAGGACAAAUAAGUCCAUGAUCAAGAACAGGCAAAUACAGGUUAUUGAUAACGAUCGUGGAGUGCACAUGAGGCCAAUGCCUGGAAUGAUUGGCCUGAUUUCAUCCAACCCCAAGGAUAAGAAAAAAACAAUGCCAGUUAAACAGCCAGAGGUGAAGAGAACCCGGAGGGAUCGUGGGGAACUGGAAGAUAUUAUGUUCAAGCUGUUUGAAAGACAAUCAAAUUGGACUUUAAAGCAACUUGUCCAAGAGACUGAUCAGCCUGCUCAAUUCCUGAAAGAGAUAUUGAACGAGCUCUGCGUGUACAAUAAGAGAGGUGCCAAUCAAGGAACCUACGAGCUUAAGCCGGAGUAUAAAAAAUCUGCAGAGGACACUGCAGAUGAAUAGGUCUGACAUAGCUUUAUUGUAACCUACAUUUCCAUUUUCUCUCGGCUUUUGCUUCAGUUAAUGGAACAUGUAACGACGACAAUCGAUAAACAGAUAAAACAGCUAUAGGAACCAGGAAAAAGGAAACUUGGCCGCUCCGCAUGUUAUAAUCUAUAUAUCAGAAUAAAAUUCGGAA